AUGACCAUUGAGCUGGUCUCUCGCAUCUCCAAUUUGUCCCCGAACGUGACCGAGGACCAUCUUCGCGAACUCCUCAGCAUGGGCUCUUUGGGCGAACGCGCCGUGAAAAUAAAGAAGAUUCUCCUGCCCAGACCGGUGGGCUGGCAAGCCUGCCCAAGCGGGCGCGCGGAAGUUGUCGGGGCGACGGAAACCGACACCAUCAAAGUCUACGGCCUCCUCCACGGAGCCGUGGUGGAUGGCAGUCGGGUUAACGUGAGUUUUGCCAAAAUUAACUAUGCCCUGUCGCCGAUCGAGAAGCCGAUGAUUAAAGGCGGCCGGACGACGGCCCUCGCGCGCGGAAACGCCCCUCGCAGGGUCGCUCACCCCGGGGAUUCCCCCACCCGGGGAUUGAAAAACCGCGGUGAAAAUCGUAGGAGCCGUAGUUGGAGCUCGUACUCGCGGUCAUCAUCGAGGUCGUCGGAUUCAUCGCGCUCGUCAGAGCCUUAUAGGAGACGCCGCCGACGCUGGAAUCGAAGUCGGAGUGCCUCCUACUCCCCGCAUUCGCAUCGACGGCGAGGGAGCCCUCAUAGGAAACAUAUUCGACAUUCCAGCCGCGAUGCCUCGUCCACAUCUUCGUCGUCGUCGUAUCGUUCGUACUCACGCUCACCCUCGCGAAGUGUUAGGGGGCGGCGAACCCGGUCUGGAUCGUUGUCAAGGCGGCAUAGAAAAGAAAGAAGAAUCCCACGGCAGCGCUCACCACCUCUCAAAGGCCAACGAGGAGUAUCAAAAUACAACUGA